UAUCUUGUCGUUUUACGCGUUUGGGUUGAACAGUUUAACACACAAGCGGCUAUUUUAAUUAUUUACAAAUGUCAAUCACUUCAGCUUCUGGAAUUCCUCCGAAAACAUGGCAACCAGCAAAUGUGACACUGGAAACUACCAUGGGAACUAUUGUGAUUGAGCUGUACUGGAAACAUGCCCCAAACACCUGCAAGAACUUCGCAGAGCUAGCAAGAAGAGGGUAUUACAAUGGGAUCAAAUUCCACAGAAUCAUCCAGGACUUCAUGAUACAGGGAGGGGACCCAACUGGAACAGGACGAGGGGGUGCAAGCAUUUAUGGGAAGGAGUUUGAAGAUGAAAUUCAUGGUGAUCUCAAACAUACAGGAGCUGGUAUCCUGUCUAUGGCUAACAGUGGCCCCGACACAAAUGGGAGCCAAUUCUUCAUCACCCUGGCCCCAACCCAGUGGCUUGACGGCAAACACACAAUAUUUGGGCGAGUAGCAAAUGGGAUGACUUAUGUGCAGCGCAUUGGGCUUGUGGAAACGGACUCGACUGAUCGCCCAGUGGAUGAUGUGAAAAUUCUGAAAGCCUUUGUGACUCCUACUUGAAAUGAAUCAUUACAUAUAUUGGCACUUUUGUUUUUAAUUUGUGAAAGUUAUGUACAUUUUUGUAUAGUAAACUAAAAGACGAGCGAAGAAAAAUAAAUAUUCUUAAAUUGUUGUUGAACGUUGUCUGACAAUGUAAACAUACAGUGAGACAUUGCAUGCGGAGAUAUGUAUUUUUAUAAGAAAGUAAUUGAUAUUUUGAAUGAUUAAUAUUUGCUCUUCAUCUCAAUUUUACUCUGUGCGAAAUUCCUAUGCAGGACACAAAAUUACAGCUCCCGUGUAGAACAUUUGUAGGAAGUAAAGUGGAGAUAAGAGUGAAAAUUAAUACGAAAUAAACGCUGAAGUGGCAGGAAAGUGAGUGGUAUUUAAAAAAAUAAUAAACGUAAUUAAGGGUAUAAAAUGGUGAAAAAUACCUAUCUUGGAAUGGACGUGGCCAUCUUCUUUUUCAACUGAUUACCCUCUCUGUGUUUGAUUUUAAAUAAAUGUCAUUUUUCUCCAGAAUUAAGUUACCAACAAAAUUUAGACUAUUUUUAUGCCCCCCUUCGAAGAAGAGGGGAUAUAUUGUUUUGCACAUGUCGGUCCGUCCGUAUGUCCGUCCACCAGAUGGUUUCCGGAUGAUAACUCAAGAACACUUAGGCCUAGGAUCAUGAAACUUCAUAGGUACAUUGACCAUGACUGGCAGAUGACCCUAUUGAUUUUGAGGUCACUAGGUCAAAGGUCAAGGUCAUGGUGACCAGAAAUAGUAAAAUGGUUUCCAGAUGAUAACUCAAGAACGCUUAUGCCUAGGAUCAUGAAACUUCAUAGGUACAUUGAUCAUGACUUGCAGCUGACCCGUAUUGAUUUUCAGGUCACUAGGUCAAAGGUCAAGGUCAUGGUGACCCAAAAUAGUAAAAUGGUUUCCGAAUGAUAACUCAAGAACGCUUAUGCCUAGGAUCAUGAAACUUCAUAGGUACAUUGAUCAUGACUCGCAGAUGACCCCUAUUGAUUUUCAGGUCACUAGGUCAAAGGUCAAGGUCAUGGUGACCGGAAAUAGUAAAAUGGUUUCUGGAUGAUAACUCAAGAACACUAUGCCUAGGAUGAUGAAACUUCAUAGGUACAUUGAUCAUGACUCGCAGAUGACCUCUAUUGACUUUCAGGUCACUAGGUCAAAGGUCACGGUGACUUGACACAGUAAAAUGGUUUCCGAAUGAUAACUCAAGAAAGCUUAUGCCUAGGAUCAUGAAACUUCAUAGGUACAUUGAUCAUGACUCGCAGAUGACCCAUAUUGAUUUUCAGGUCACAAGGUCAAAGGUCAAGGUCAUGGUGAUCGGAAAUAGUAAAAUGGUUUCUGGAUGAUAACUCAAGAACACUUAUGCCUAGGAUCAUGAAACUUCAUAGGUACAUUGAUCAUGACUCGCAGAUGACCCCUAUUGAUUUUCAGGUCACUAGGUCAAAGGUCAAGGUCACGGUGACUCAACUUAGAAAAAUGGUUUCCGAAUGAUAACUCAAGAACGCUUAGGCCUAGGAUCAUGAAACUUCAUAGGUUCAUUGAUCAUGACUCGCAGAUGACCCCUAUUGACUUUCAGGUCAAAGGUCAAGAUCACAGUGCCAAAAACGUAUUCACACAAUGGCUGCCACUACAACUGACAGCCAAUAUGGGGGGCAUGCAUGUUUUACAAACAGCCCUUGUUUUAUUUUAAUGUGUUUAUCUUUAAAUGCUUGGCAUAUUUGUUCUAAUGCAAAUUAAUUCAAUAUCAUUGUGGAUAUAUUUUAAGUCAUUGACACAUUUCAUAAUUGUGCUUUAAUAUGAUACGAACUUCAAAUUGUUCUUUAGUGACAACUUAAACUUUAUUUCAAUAUCUGCAUUCUUUUUCUGUUUCCGAAAGGAAACAUCGAACAAUAUUUGCAAUUCUUGUGUAUGAAAAAUUUUACUGCAAAUAAACUUGUGCGCUAACCAGA